AUGGCGACUACUUCUGCUCAGAAUGUUGAAUUUGUGCGGACGGGCUACGGCAAGAACACGGUGAAGGUGUUGUGCAUCAGGAGACAGUCGGGCCACCAUGACAUCAUGGAGAUAAAAGCGGACGUGGAGCUCACUCUUAAAUCACACAAGGGUUAUCUCACUGGAGAAAACUCGGACAUCAUCCCUACCGACACCAUCAAGAAUACCGUGUAUGCCUUGGCAAAACUCAAGGGGGUGAAGACCAUCGAGCACUUUUCUUUGGCUCUUUGUCACCAUUUCCUGACCUCUUUCAACCAUGUGGUGAGCGUUAAAGUUUACAUGGAGGAGGCACCAUGGAAAAGGUUGGAGAAGAAUGGGGAGGAACAUGCCCAUGCCUUUAUUUACAGCCCUGAAAGCAGUCGCUUCUGUGAUGUGGAACAACAUCUCAACAGCAUCCCUGUGGUCUGCGGUGGACUCAAGGACAUGAAGGUGCUGAAAACCACUCAGUCUGGUUUUGUUGGAUUUCUCAAAGACCGCUUCACCACGCUGCAAGAGGCCACGGACAGGUGUUUCUGUACCACUGUGUAUGCCAGAUGGCGCUACAACAAAGUUGAAGAUGUCAAUUUUGAUGCCGCAUGGAAAUGCAUCAAAGAUACGAUUAUCGAGAAGUUUGCGGGACCAUUUAAACAUGGAGACUUCUCACCCUCUGUCCAGAAGACCCUUCAUGAUACACAGGUUUUAAUCCUCAUUAGGGCUCCUGAGGUGGAUGAAAUCGAGAUAAUCAUGCCCAACAUCCAUUACUGCACCAUCGACAUGACAAAAAUCGGCAUUGAGAACAAGGAUGAAGUUCUUCUUCCCCUUGACAGCCCCUCAGGAAACAUCACAGCAACAGUGCGCAGGAAGCAAGCAAAGCUGUGA